CUGCUGCUGUUGGAGGAGGAGGGGGAAGUGUAUGGGAGUGGUGCGCGUGCGCACUGCAUAGCGGGGCUGAAUGUUUCCCAAGUGUUUGAAACUGGUAUUUGGGUUUUCCACGUUGGAUCAAGUGCGGCGUAUAGAGAAGGCUGCAUUAAUACCACCGGCGGAACAGGAGUAGCUGCACAUACGAGACGAGAGAAGCAUCUCUUCCUUUCUGCUAGGCAUGUUUAAAGAAAAGAUCUUAUUUGCUUGUCUGUCUUCGGAAGAUCUGGUUUUUUAAGAGCUUCCUCUCCCCUUUCUCCCUCCCUCUCUUGUACACACACACACACAUCUCUCUGAUUGUUCCUACCACCUCCUUGGUGAGUUACCGACAACGACAGCCAUUCAAUCAGCUGCUACUGCUGCUCUACGGCUGUAGGGACUCGCAGACUGUGUGUAUUCCGGGCUGCCUUUCUGCUCUCAGAAGAAAAGAUUCAGAUGUAGCUUUUUUCGUGGUCUUUUUUUGUUGUUGUUAGAUCUAAAGAACAGAGAGGCGGCUGAGGACUGAACCUCUGCCAUUGGGACUGCUGUGUUUGAAAGGAAAACUCUCGCCCAUUAGGGGUGAGAGAGAAGGAUAUAUACACAAUUUUCGGCCGGAUGAAAAUGUUGAAUCCUGCAAACGGAGAGCAGCUUCAUCUAGCGAACUAUGUGGAGGAUUACCUGGACUCCAUCGAAUCUCUGCCCUUCGAUCUGCAGAGAAAUGUCUCCCUGAUGAGGGAAAUUGACGCCAAAUAUCAAGAGAUCUUAAAGGAGCUAGAUGACUAUUAUGAAAAAUUCAAACGAGAGACGGAUGAAGGACAAAAGAAGAGAUUGUUGCACUGCAUACAGAGAGCACUGAUCCGGAGUCAGGAACUGGGAGAUGAAAAGAUUCAAAUUGUCAGUCAAAUGGUAGAACUUGUUGAGAACAGAACUAGACAAGUUGACAGUCAUGUAGAACUGUUUGAAACCUGCCAAGAGACUAAUGAUACCAUUGGGAACAAUGGCAAAACUAACCAAGAUAAAUCAAAGAACGAGACAAUCACCCAGGCUGAAAAGCCCAACAACAAACGAUCCAGGCGGCAAAGAAAUAAUGAAAAUAGAGAAAAUGCUUCUAAUAAUCACGACCAUGAUGAUAUCACCUCAGGAACUCCAAAGGAGAAGAAAGCAAAAACUUCGAAGAAAAAGAAGAGAUCCAAGGCCAAAGCAGAGAGGGAGGCUUCUCCAGCAGACCUCCCUAUUGAUCCCAACGAGCCAACCUAUUGUCUGUGUAAUCAGGUCUCCUAUGGAGAAAUGAUAGGUUGUGAUAAUGAUGAGUGCCGAAUUGAAUGGUUUCACUUCUCAUGUGUGGGACUCAAUCAUAAACCAAAGGGCAAAUGGUACUGUCCCAAAUGUAGAGGAGAGAAUGAGAAAACAAUGGACAAGGCACUGGAGAAAUCUAAAAAAGAAAGGGCAUACAACAGGUAGUUUCUAACUCUGAAGAGAGUAAAGCAGUGAAAACAUAUAUUUAUUCUCUGUCACCUUUUGUUGAGGUGCCAGGAUUGUAAAAUGUAUAUUUUUAAAGGAGGCUAUAAAUAAAACCAUUCUUGUAAAAGGGAUGGCAAUAGAAUUAAUGUUUCUUUUUCCUUUGAUACAGCUGUUAAUGGUCUGUGGGCCAAAACAUACAAUAAAGUAACGAGUUAACAUGCAACGUUCAGGUUCAUCAUAUGAAAAUAGUCCGCCCCGCCACAAGUUGGUAAGAGUCUGCCCAUUAAAUUGUAGAUAGUAAAUAUGUCUUGGAUAGCAUUCCAUUUUGUUUAGAGGAUGCUGUUUAUCUUUCCAGAAAUAGUUCUAUAACCUGUUUGAAUAAAGCAGCAGUAUAUUGCAAACAUAUCCUAAACACAUUGGCCAUAGUCCAGCACAGUGUGAAGCACACUUAAGUGCACUUAUCUCUGAGAUGGAUUUUGACCAUUGACUUGAAAGGAAGUCUCAUUCAUUUCAAUUCUAGUUACUUCCAAGAAAAUGGUUUAGGAUUAUAGCCUUGCAUCCCUUUUUAAACACAUUACUAAGAAUUACGUCCUAUUACUACUAAUGGGACUUAAUUCUAAGGGGUAUGUUUAGAAUCAGGGAACUAGUUUCUUCUGGUGACAAUUAAUGCAAUAGCAGAAAAGUUUAAAAUAUGGCUCCUGUUAAUGUUUCAGCCUAGCAUCUCUGUAACAAAUGUUUAACUACAGCUAUAAACUUAUUUUUAAAAAUGCAAAUGGUUAUGUUUUACACAACAUAUUUUAUAUACUGGCCAAGCACCACAAGGGCCUUUUAAAAUGAUUUAGUAUAUUUUGUAUUUAACCAGGAAGUGGUUUAGUAAGGAAACUUAACAUAAAUCAAAGCUUUAUACUGUCACAGAUAAUAAUGUAGCAGUCUUUACUUUGUGUAAGUUGUAAAAAUGUACAUUUUCAAGUGGAGUUGCACUUAACUGUAUUAUAAUUGGAAAUGCAUCCACAUGCCAUGGUGUAGCCAAUAUGCAUUUCCUCCUGUAUGUAUGAGAAUUGUACAGCUGUGAUAAUAAGGAAUAAAUUAAACAAGUUGGAUAA